GAAUAGAAAAAUUGCUAUUGCAUAGAUUGAUAUAAUAGGGUGUAUCACACAGGUAAUUAGCAGUGUGUGGUAAGAAUUACAACAGCAGCUGAAUAUGAUAUGCAUGUUGGAUUUUCGGAGAAAAUUAACAACAAAAAAUAAGCCAUAAGGGACCAUCUCAGAAGCUGGCAUAAAGUUAGUAUCAAGAUACAGUUCAACCAAGUUCAGUCUUAACUACUGUAUAGCCAAACCAAGAAGAUACAAUGACAGCCUUUAGUACAGCAGAUGAUCUAGUUAUAAACCGGAAAAUUGAUGGAGAUUUUACUACCUCAACUGCAACAGAGGAAAUAGAGAAUGUGUAUGAAAUUUCAAGAUGUGCCAAAUGGAUAAUUAGCAAUGGUUAUGAAAAGGUGGCACUCCAGUUCCCAGAUGAGAUCAUGAGAGAUGCAGCUCAAGUUGCUGAAAAAUUGGGGAAUGCUACCAGCCAAAAGAUAGCUAUUCUUGGUGACACUUCAUAUGGAAGUUGCUGUGUUGAUGAAGUGGCUGCGGAGCACUUUGCUGCUGACAGCAUCAUUCACUUCGGCCACGCCUGCCUUAGCCCCACUAGCCGCCUCCCUGUCCUGUAUGUGUUUGGACGCAAAGAGAUUGACGUUCUGGACUGUGUGCAAAAGUUCUCCAAUUUGUACCCUAAAGACGAUAAUGUUGUGCUUAUUUAUGACACUGGAUAUAGUCAUGUUUUAGAUGAAAUAUCCAAUCAUCUUACUCCAGUCUAUAAAAAUCUGACCAAAUCACAGCUAGAUCUUCCUACAUCAUUCUCCAAUUCCCCUAACAGUUCUAAUCAGGAGAAGAAUAUUGAAUCAAAUGACUCACAUACUGGUGCUCUUACUUCAAAUACCACUUUUAGGAAAUGUGGAAGACUAUUCCCCAAUUUGAGUGAACAGGAUUUUAAUGAAUCUAUGAAAAUAUUUUACAUUGGAGAGGAGGGUUUGUCCUUGUCGAACUUGAUGAUGACAUUCAACAAGUGCUUGGUUAGUUGCUAUGAUCCAGCACAAAAAGAAAUAGUGAAAGAAAAUGUCGGGAGCAGUAGAGCACUGAUGAGACGUUAUCACAUGGUGGAGAAAGCGAAGGAUGCAAGGAUUGUGGGUAUUGUGGCAGGAACCCUAGGAGUAGUGAACUAUCUGAACAUUAUUAACAGACUCAAGGUCAUGAUCAAGAAAGCGGGGAAAAAGAGCUACACUUUCGUAGUGGGCAAGCUGAAUGUUCCAAAACUAGCUAACUUUAUGGAGAUAGAUGUGUUCGUUUUGGUGGCUUGUCCAGAGAAUAGCCUCAUAGACAGUUCAGAGUUUUACAAGCCAGUUGUAACUCCUUUUGAAAUGGAGCUGGCUUGUAACAGUAAUUUUGAGUGGGAUGGGAGCUAUGUCACCAACUUUACAGAACUUUUACCAGGAGGAUCAUCUUAUCGAGAACUUGUGGUUCCGGAUGAAGAAGUGGCAGAUGUAUCCCUAGUGACCGGAAAGAUGAGAAACAUCGGCCUGUCCAAGGAUCAACCAGAGACGAUGUCUUCUGUUGUUCUUCGUAGCGAGGCUCUGGGAGUGGCUACAAUACCAGCCGAGUCAGCAGGGGAGUACCUGUCGAACAGAUCCUGGCAAGGUCUGGACCAGCAGCUAGGAGAGACCCCUGUAGUGAAAGCUGUGGAAGGGCAGUUUGGAAUAGCUGCUGGGUAUACAGAAAACCCAGCUAAUAAAGACAUGAAAUGAGCAAUUCUGUUCUUAGUUCUUUUC